CACAGCAUGGACGACGAGGAGGAGACGUACCGGCUGUGGAAGAUCCGCAAAACCAUCAUGCAGCUCUGUCACGACCGGGGCUACCUGGUGACCCAGGAUGAGCUGGACCAGACGCUGGAAGAGUUCAAGGCACAGUUCGGUGAGAAGCCCAGCGAGGGCCGGCCCCGGCGCACCGACCUGACGGUGCUCGUGGCUCACAACGACGAUCCCACCGACCAGAUGUUCGUCUUCUUCCCGGAGGAGCCCAAGGUUGGGAUAAAGACCAUCAAGAUGUACUGCCAGAGGAUGCAGGAGGAGAACAUCACCAGGGCACUGAUCGUGGUGCAGCAAGGCAUGACCCCCUCGGCAAAGCAGUCCCUGGUGGAUAUGGCUCCCAAAUACAUCCUGGAGCAGUUCCUGCAGCAAGAGCUUCUGAUCAACAUCACUGAGCAUGAGCUGGUCCCAGAGCACGUUGUGAUGACGAAGGAAGAGGUAACAGAGCUCCUGGCCAGAUAUAAGCUGAGGGAGAACCAGCUCCCAAGGAUCCAGGCUGGGGAUCCUGUGGCCAGGUACUUCGGGAUCAAGCGUGGGCAGGUGGUGAAGAUCAUCAGGCCCAGCGAGACCGCAGGACGCUACAUCACCUACAGGCUGGUGCAGUGACCCCCAGCUCCUGGGUGUGGAGGAGCUGUGUGACACCCCCUGACCCUCCCCAUCCCCCAGCAGGUCACUGAUGCUCUGCAGACAUCUGCUCACAGAUGGCCAGGAGGAUUCCCUCCCUCUGUUGCCUCUCCACUUUGGCCUAAUUCCUUGUUUUCCAGCAUGGACUUUGCUGUAAUUUCUCAAUCUUCAUGAAGGACUCAAGCCAUGGAAGUCACUUGGAGCAACAGAAAGUGUGGAGGGAGGAGGUGGCUGGAGGAGGCCCUUUGCUUCCCUGGUUUCUAGGACCUGGUAUUUAAUAAAGGUUUGUA